CCCAUUCUUUCUAUCAUCAACAAAAAGAACAAGCAAUAUAUCCAAUAACUUGAAUCUUUUCAUAAUCCUCUUCAAAAGAAUUCAAACUUUCAUUCAAAAUCACAGAAAUGGCUUUCGUGAGAAGUAUAUUAGGUUCAAAGAAGAUUCUUGGCCGCUCUGCAACGGCAGCAGCCGCAACAAGCAAAAGGGCAACCUCGGCGGCACCAAAGGGGUUUCUUGCGGUGUACAUUGGAGAGAGUCAGAAGAAAAGAUAUGUGGUGCCAGUCUCAUACUUGAGCCAGCCAUCUUUUCAAGCUCUGCUCAGUCAAUCUGAAGAAGAGUUUGGUUUCAAUCAUCCAAUGGGUGGCUUAACGAUCCCUUGUCAUGAAGAUACCUUCAUAGCUGUGACAUCUCGGCUUCAAUGAUAAUGAUUAUCCAACAUAUUGUUCUCCCAGUUAGAGAUAGACUUGUUCCUUGUAAAUAGAGGAGAUUUUUGUUUCUCUUUCUUCUUAAAAGAGUUGUUCUAAAAGUUUCGAAAGUAAAUACAACCUUUUAUGUUA